AUGGCAUUGAAUGGAGGUGAUAGGAACCAGAGCCUCUUGACUGGUCGGCCCAGCACCUGCAGGAAAAAGGCUGCGACCAUCAUCUUCACCCUGAAAAACGAAGUGAGCGGUCUUGUUAAAGCUCUUAAGCUUUUCCAGGAAAAACACAUCAGCCUUGUUCAUAUUGAGUCUCGCAAGUCCAAACGAAGGGAUUCAGACUUUGAGAUCUUUGUAGACUGUGAUUCAGAGCAUGAGCAGCUGAAGGAGCUGACUGAGCUGCUGAGGAAGCACACGGACAUUGUUGAGAUUACACCAUCUGACAGCUCCAAUCUGCUCCAUGACGGUGUGGACUGUACUCCAUGGUUCCCCAAGAAAAUCUCUGACUUGGAUCUGUGUGCCAACAAGGUUCUGAUGUAUGGCUCUGAACUAGAUGCAGAUCACCCUGGGUUCAGAGACAAAGUGUACCGUAAAAGAAGGACAUAUUUUGCUGAUCUGGCUCUGAACUUCAAACACGGUAAUCCUAUUCCUCGUAUAGACUACACAGCAGAGGAGGUGCGUACCUGGGGCGUGGUGUUCAGGGAGCUCAACAAGCUGUAUCCCAGCCAUGCCUGUGAGGAGUAUCUGAAGAACCUCCCACUGCUGACCAAAUACUGCAAAUAUAGUGAGGAUAACAUCCCACAGCUGGAAGACGUGUCCCAUUUCCUCAUGGAGCGCUCAGGCUUCACCAUCCGGCCCGUGGCAGGGUAUCUCUCCCCACGAGACUUCCUGGCAGGUCUGGCUUUCAGAGUGUUUCACUGCACUCAGUAUGUCCGACACAGCUCAGAGCCUCUGUACACACCUGAGCCGGACACUUGCCACGAGCUGCUGGGUCACGUUCCUCUGCUGGCAGAGCCCAGCUUCGCCCAGUUCUCCCAGGAGCUCGGUUUGGCAUCGCUCGGUGCUUCAGAUGAAGAUGUUCAGAAACUCGCCACGUUGUACUUCUUCACGGUGGAGUUUGGUCUGUGCAAGCAGAAUGGAAGGCUCAGAGCCUACGGAGCUGGCCUCCUCUCCUCCGUCAGUGAACUCAAGCACGCUCUGUGCGGCAGAGCCAACGUCCUCCCCUUUGACCCCAUGCUGACCUGCCUCCAGGAGUGCAUGAUAACCACGUUCCAAAAGGCUUACUUUGUGGCAGAAAGUUUUGACGAAGCCAAGAACAAAAUGAGGGAGUUUGCCAGGACACUUAAGCGUCCGUUCACAGUGCACUACAACCCGUACACCCAGAGUGUGGACAUUCUGAAGGACACCAGUAACAUCAACACUAUGGUGAAAGACAUCCGGCAUGAGCUGGACAUCGUAGAGGAGGCACUGAGCCGUCUCUGCAAGCACCAGAGAGACUGA